AUGUACCCCCCGUCCUCGCCGCACGACCUGAGCGCGUACCUGCAGAGCUCGCCCGCGGACGCGCUCUCCGUGUACUCCAACCCGCGCUCGAACUCGUCCGACGUCUCCGCGCCCAUCACGCCGCUCUCGCUCUCCGACAGCGGGAGCAUGUUCGAUGGCAUGCCGUCCGAGCUCGCGUACCCCGCGUUCGAGUCCGUGUUCGCGCACGCGACAUCCGCCGAGCCCGAGGCGGCCGACGCUGCGUCGGGCUUUGGCGAGCAUUCCUACCUCGCGGACGGUAUGCAGACGUAUGGCGAUAUGGAGGACGCGCUCCGCCCCAAGAGCGCGCCUGAGCCGCUUGGCGCGAGCUGGGACGUGUCUAUGGAUGACGACGAGACGCCGCGUGCGGACAACGAGCGCAAGUUGUCGCAUGUUGGACGCCUCAUGGCGGACAUGACGGACAUCGUGCUCGCAUAGCAGGAGCUUACGGGGUCGCUUUAAGUCCCAAUUAGAUGUCUGAUCCCUCUACCUUAUCACCUACAUUACUGUACUCCAUUUCGUGCUUCAUCCUGUUGUAUCCAUUACUCUGCUCGCCGCAUCCCGCUGUAUCCAAUAGUCCCGCUCCAAUCUUUCGCUGCUCUGUAUCACAUAGAAAUCACAUCGCUUUACUCCAACUUCGUCCGCCCGCCUCUAGCCAGUCACCCACCGCCCGCAGCGCACCU